CCGAGCCGCUGAGCCAAGCCAAGGCGGUGUGCUGAGUGCAGAGCCCCCGGAACAGGCACCUGCAGGGCGUGAGCGAGGCCGCCGCGAUGCCGCACUUCCUGGACUGGUUCGUGCCUGUGUACCUGGUCGUCUCUGUCCUCAUCCUGGUGGGCUUCGGCGCCUGCAUCUACUACUUCGAGCCCGGCCUGCAGGAGGCACACAAGUGGCGGAUGCAGCGCCCCGUGGCGGACCGGGACCUCCGUAAGACACUGAUGGUCCGCGACAACCUGGCCUUUGGUGGCCCGGAGGCCUGAGCUGCAGGCUCUGGGCUGGGGCUGGCACCGGGCACCCUCCCAGCCUGGAGGCCUGGGGCAGGGGGGGAACCACCUCAGGGCCCUAGGCCAUCCCUCCGCAGAUGGCCCUGGGUGCUCCGGGCAGACCCCGGCUGUGGAAA